AUGUUCAUGUUGACGGAAGCGCUCGAGACAUCAAUGAAGAUUAUCGACCCAAGAGGGGGCUUCCCGAAUCCAGUAGCGAGCCAAUACUCUCUUCUGCUCAGUCCAAUUCAAUCGUUGUCUUCUGACGUCACAUCGUUGGCUAGUCACUGCGGCUUCGAAUUCAAUUUUCGCAGCCACGGAGGCAGCAAUUCUAGUAUUUCCUCCUCCAUCCGAACAGCUCAACCAUCCAACCACCAGCCGCAUGAGCGACGGCAUCAGCACCGCAACAGCGGGCAGCAGAACUCGGCUGACGCGCCGACGUGGUCUCCUUCUCAUGCUGGCGGCGAUACCUCUCCCACAGCCGCCUUGUCCGUCAUGUCUUCGGGGGACGCAGACACUACCCCGCUCCCGGGCGUCUGCUACAUCACGUACCCUCCGACACCAGACGUAGCGGCGGUUUCCUUGGCUUCUCCGCCUGCAGAACGCGGCCUCGAUGGCCCCCGCGCCCGUGCCCGCAACCGCAGAAGCGAUGUCGGCAGCGACGCCACUCAAAUCGCUCGCGCCAGGAGAGGGGACUCCUCUGUUGACCUUCCCGGUGACGUGGAAGAAGAAGAAACAGAAGGGGGUGAGAACGGUUCAGCUGCAGCGGACGCUUCGCUACGGGAGACACACGAAGAUGAGUGUUCGUUCACGGUGGGCGGUACUACCAACGCAUCAUCUCCAGUCGGCAGCUGGCAUCACGAAAGAUGCGGCAACCGCGACAUCGACGAUACUGGCGGUCCGGGCCGAACAAGUGGUGAGGAGGGUCAGCGGCAACGAGCGCCCACGGAACAACCACCAUUGGCCAGCGAAAAAAACGCGUUGAAACGACACGUUGCCUACGACUUGGAAGAGGACUCGGGAAGCUACAAGUCCGGAUUAGUCGGGGCGGGGGAGAUGGCGUCCAUGGAGGGAAUAACGGAGCAGGGAUCAGAACAUCGAGCGGUGCCGAGGAGGCAGGCUGGGAAGGGCGGCGGCGGUGGGGAACGGCCCAUGCGGUGUGGUCAAAAGGUGAUCUCGAUGAUGAUUUCGGAUGGCCACCCGUUGGUGGCGUCGAGGGGGUUUCCAUCGCUUCCUGGGGUGGACGAGCACCAGCUCCCAUCGUUCUGGCUGGCCGAGAUGCACGACAACAUGAGGAAAAACAGGCAAGCACGAUCUCCCUCCUUCAUACAAGAGUGUGUUGUGGAGGCCUGUCGAGCAAGAGUUUUGUCCUCGUUCCUGCUAUUGUAA